CUUGGUUAGUUACAGGCUCGUUAGAAAAGUUACAGACUGACAUUUAUGCAAUAAUAAUAUGUCUUCCACCGUACCGAUAAUAUAAAAUAUCGAAGGGUGCCGUGCACCGUGUUAUCUAGACUGUAAGACGUUUAAUAACAGUACUAUUAACGUCAUUAAUAACUUUUAUUGUAUGCAUUUCGAGCUUACACUAAUUUACCAUACUACAAUUAAAAUCACGGACUGAGAUAUAUUAUUAUCUCAGAUAUUAUAUCUUUAUCCGUGAUUAAAAGUUAAAAUUAUUAUUUUUUAUGCAAUCAAUAUAGUUCCUUAAUAAAUGAGUUUAAAUUAGUAUAAAUCGAUAGUUUGACUUUUUUUUUUUUUUGUUGCGAAAAUAUAUGUGUUAGUAAUUUUUCAACGUGAGCUUGUGGAAGUUAUGCAAAUUGAGUGAUGAUCCCUGUAUCCGAAAUUCCAAACACAGCCUUAGAACCACGGUUAGUUGUAAGUGGUGGCUUAAGAAAAGAUUUUUUUUACAAACGUUCUUGGAUUGCUUGGAACCAAUAGUUCAAAUUGUUGCCGUGAGACGGCGCGGUUCAAAAAUCGAUCUCCUUACGCAGUUAAAUUUGCAGCUGCCCUACUUCAUCUGUGGUUGUAUUUUACGAGUGUACGACGCACCUGGUUGUAUUAUCUGCCAUACUACCUACGAUUUUUCUUUAGUCAAAGCUUUGUUCUUGCUAAAAUGCACGCUGGGUAGCGUUUUUAUUGCACUCGAUUGCGCGUUACCCAGUUAAAAUAAUCGAUAUCUCACCGUAUCGUUUGUUAUUUUUAUUGUAAAAACAAACAUUUCUUUUCAACAUGACUGUUUUACCGAAAAAAAAAGUCGAGGCCAAAGAUGGAGAACCUUCAACGAGUACACACACAACUUCUCAAGCAAACUCUCAGGUACCUAUCUACAUAGACAUCAGCUAACAUUUUCAAUAUUUUAAUUAUACUUUUUGUAAAUAAUGAAAUUCUGUAUUAUACCGGUCUUCUUUGUGUGUAAUGUGGUACAUUAUUCAUAGUGGGUACUAUUUUGUAUAGUUAUAUAUUUUUUUAAUACUACUCAUACUAUUUAUUUCUUACCACUAGCACCAUCCAUCCACCCACCAUCAAAAACAUUUUUUAGGCGGUUCUAACUGUACCCCGAGUUCAGCACUACUGAUUUAUGUAUACUAUUAUUCCAUGUAAAAUACAUACCUAUAAUUAAUUCAGAUAUUAUAUUGUAAGUUUUUAAAUUCAGUUAAGUAUAUUAUUCAACUGUGAAACACAAUCAUAAUCCGGUCGUUCUCUGGAUUUUUCUCUGGUCGGGAAAAAUAACAAAAGAUGUGUUAAGAAAUCACUUAUUCUAAUAUACCCUUAUGAAUUAAUAUUCAUUCAAACUAAUCUGUUUUCUAACCAAUUAAAUUUGAAAAUUUGUUGGUAAAUUGAAAAAUCAAAAAUUUGACCACAUGUUUUUAACCUAACCAAACAAUUACUUUCCUGUAAGAGCAUAAUAUAAACAUAAAAUAUUUGAAACUUUUUUAAAUAUUUUGAUGAAUGGUCUUAGGCUCAACGCCCAGUCGAUCUUAUUGUUCUAUAACACAUGUUCACUUUUUUUUUUUAUUAAAAAGAUAGUUUUGAUUAAACAUCUAUUGUUAUUUUAAAUUUUUUAGUCGUUAAAGAUAUGGGUAGCUGUGUCGGCAUUGUUUUGUACAUUAUGACCUUAAACAAUACUAAGCAUACAAAAAUGUAUUCCAUUAUCCAAGUUAUUUAUUAGGCAUUACAUUAGGUAUUUAACGAGGUACUUGGUAAUGAGUUUUGAUUUAAUAUUUAACCAUUAUUUAUAUAUAUAUAUAUAUAUAAUAUUUGUAAUGAUUUGUGUCCGGGUACCAAGUAAAAGCAGGCUAGAGGAUUUUUUUAUCCCUUACUUGGUACCUACAACUAAUUUUAUAAAAAAUGUGUCUCUGGAUAGAAUUAUGUGUGAUUUCAAUAAUUAUCAUAGUAUUUAUGUCCAUCAUAUGUGUCAAAUAAGUUUUACUUCUUUUCUGUUAACUUAGAACUUAACUAUACUUAAUUUGUAUUGACAUUAAUUAAUUUAUUAUAUAAAAGCUAUUUAGCGUUAAUUUUAUAAAUAAUAAAUUAUUAUUAUUAUUUAAUAUAAUAUUAUUUAUUUGAAACUAACAAAAACUGCAUUGAUCAUCUUUUUCAGAUCAACACAUUGGACGAAAUAAUUAAGUCUGUAGAAAAUAAUGAAAAAGGUUUAAGUUCAAAACAGACCAAGCGCAACAGUCACCGUAGUCCUCAUGGGUAUUUAUGGCACUUUCAAUAUAUUUUCUUAUUUGAAAAAUCUAAGUAUAAAAAAAUAUCAUUUUUAAAUAUAGAUAAAAAUUCUCAAAAUCAGAAUUUCCGUACUUAUAUACCGCUGUUUUAAGAAAAAAAACCCAUAAAUCUAAAAAAAAAAUUUUAAAUUAUAUUGUAUUGUGUUUAAUAUUAGCUUUACACAUUUUCUCAGUAUAACCUCAUUUUUUUUUUAUUUAAAGGGUUUUUUUUUAAGACAGCAGUAUAUAUAUAUAUUUUUUUAAAUUUUAUAUACGAAAUAUACAAUCUGUUCCUUGAGGAACAAUAAGAAUAUGUGGUAAAUGAAAAAAAAUAAAAACAUGAAUGAAUUGAUGAGAGGAGUCACCCAGUGGUAACACUACCCUAAUUUGAUGGUUUUUUUUUUCUUUAUUUAUAUUGCUUUAUUUUAGAUCAAACAGUGAGGAGGUCUCCACAAAUUUCCUUUUAAGCCUUCUGGGAGGAUUCCCAGGAAUAGUGAGAGUGGCAAGGUUCGAAAUGAGNUUGAGAUGUAAGUGGGAGAAUUUUUAAUUAAGCGAAGGAAUUUAUUUUGGAAAGUUUGAAUUUUAUUAGUGUUGGAUAUUUUGGCAUUGCCCCACAGUUGAAGACCAUAGGUCCACAUUGGCUUGAACCGGGAUUUGUAAAUUAAGAGUUUAGUAUUUAAUCGAGUAUGUUUGCUGUUAGAGAUUAGGGUUUUAAGGAUGCGGAGUCGUGCAUUUAAGGCAAGCCUUUUAGUUUUUAUGUGAUGUGACCAAGUGAGACCACGAUCUAUUGUCAGACCUAAGUAUUUGGCCGUUUGAGAGGAAGGGAUUUGAAUAUUGUCUAGAGACCAUAGGACAGGGAGUAAGAAGAAGAGUAAAUGUUGUAUGGAGUGAUUUGGAUUGAUUAACUUUGAUACGCCAUUUUUUAUACUAAUUAGCUAUGAGGUCAAGGUGGAGUUGAAGAUUGUAGGAAGCUGUGUGAGGAUUAUCAUGGAUAGAAAUAAUGGCCUUAUCAUCGGCAAACUCCGCAACAGCUGUAUUCGGAGAAGCGGGUUGAUCGGCAGCGUAGAUGUUAUAUAAUAGAGGAGAAAGAAUGCCCCCCUGAGGAACGCCUACGCUAAUCUUUGCUAAACCAGAAAGGGAUGUGCCAACUCUGACCUGAAAAUAUCGAUAAAUAUCGAUCGAGGUAAGAUUUGAUCAGUAAUUAAAAGGAAGGAUGAACUAUGGGUUUAAUUUUAUAUAUAUAUAUAUUUAUAAAUAUUAUAUAUUUCCCCUAAAAAUGAAGUGAGGCUUAAUGAAUCACCCUGUAUAUUAUAUUAAAAUUUUUAGUGUACCUAAUAGGUUCUUCCACAAAAUAGAACAAUGUGUACAAAUUAUAUAUUAUAAUAUGUUAAAAAGAAAUUAUAUAAGGAUUUACAAAUUAUUCAAAGGGACACCACACUCGUUUAUUUUUUUGUGGUGUUCUUUUGAGUAACAUGACUAUAAUUUUUUUAUCUGUUAUGUAAUAAUUUCAAAAAUUUAUAGAAAUACCAAGAAUAAUAAAGGUCGCAAUAAACAACUCAAUAAUAAUUCAACAUCAAGUAAGUGUGAAUCAUAUGGCAAUUGUAACACUGAAAAUUGUGGAUAUAAUAGUGAGGAUGAAUAUGGCGGAAUUUCAAAACCAUUAUCUGAUGAAGAGUGGAUUGAGGUAAAUUAUUAUUUAUUGCCUAGUCUUUAAAAAUAAUAUAUAUAUAAAAAAAUUAAACUUGGAAAAAAAACUAUGUCUUAAUAAAAUUAAUAGCUCCUUUGCUACACUCUGAAUCUAAAAAGAAAGAAAGUACAUUGAGGGAGUAUUGAGGCUAUGAAUAUAGCUAAUAAUAUUGCAAGGAUAUUUUAAACAUUUUUCUAUGUCUAGUAUGGGCUAUUAUAAGUAUUGUGUAAAAAGGACUUUCGAGUUUCAUUAAAAGUUUAUUGUAUAUUUGAUAUACAGUAAACUUGUAUAUUUAUUAUGUAUUUAAAUACUCUGGUAUUAUAAAUACAUAGUUUAUUGAAGAUAGUUUUAAAAUUAUAACAAAAUAUAUUUAAUUGUUUCAAUUAUAAUUUUUUUUAAAUUUAAAUAAAAAUAUGUGUGUGAAACAAAUAUUUAUCAAACUUUUUGUGGUCUAUAGUUAUUGAACUAUAAAUACUAAAAAAUAAUUUGUUGCCACUUUUAGAUGGAUUUAUAUGGAUUAGUUCAAAUUGUGUUGUUAUUUAAAAAUCUAACUAGUAGUUUAUUAUGUAUUUGUAUCGGUAUACUAUUUUUGACAAUAUUAUUAUUUUUAUUUUUUUAGCAAGACUGUAUAUUUGAAAAACAAUUAAAUAAACAUGGUCUGAUUUUGAAGCGCAUGAAAGAUGAUGGUGCAUGUCUUUUUAGAGCUGUUUCAGACCAGUUAUAUGGAGACCAAGAUAUGCAUGAUGUUGUUCGUAAACAGUGCAUGGAUUAUGUUGUAAGUGAAAUUAAAUUGUUGGAAUAAUAUUAAUUACUUAUUGAAAUUUUUUGUUAAAAAAUAAACAAUGCAGUUUUAAAAGUUAACUUUUUAACUGUUCAUUUUUAUUAUUUUGAAUUCUUUAAAGUAUUAUAAUAAUUAGUUUUAAUUAGUAAUUAAUCAAAUUCUCAAACAUUUCUUCUCAUUUUUUUUUUAACAAAUAUUAAAUAUUUAAACAAUAUAAUUUGGUUAAUAUAUAUUAAAAUACUUUUUAGGCUUGUAAUAAAGAUUAUUAUGUCCAGUAUGUUACUGAAGAUUUUAAUUCAUAUAUUGCUCGGAAAAGACAGGAGAGAACACAUGGUAACCAUGUUGAAAUACAUGCUAUGUCUGAGUUGUAUAAUCGACCAGUUGAAGUUUAUUGCUAUGACAUUGGUAAAUUCCUCAAAAUGUUUAUUUAGUUUUUAUUAAUUGAUAGAAAAGGACUAACUUAUUGUUUGUUUUAAGAACCAAUAAAUAUAUGUAACAAAGCUCACAUAGCUGAUGAUUCAAGUCCACCGAUAAGAUUAGCUUAUCAAAAAGGCAGUCACUAUAACAGUAUUAUUGAUCCAAAUAAGAAUACAGUUGGUAUUGGGUUGGGCUUACCAAAUUAUGCACCCGUUGUUGAGGAAAAAAAAUUGUUAACUGAAACUGUUCGUCAAAGUGAGGACUACAUGUUGGAACAGGUAUAAAAUAUUUAGUUAUAUAAAAUACAUAGGCUGUCCCAUGAAGAUAUACUUCUCGAAUCUUGAAUAUCUCUGGAGAUAAUAAAGAAAAUCAAGUUCUGAAUUUUUUUUUUUUAUAUUAUAGGGAUAAGGACUACAAAUAUUUAUUUUUGAGUUAAAAAAAUUAAUUUAAUUAUAAAUAUUUGUAGUUUUCAUCCCUGUGAGUAAUAUAAAAACAACAGAAUUUGAUUAUCAUUAUUAUCUUUAGAAAUAUUCAAAGGGUUUAUCUUCAUGGGGUAGCCCGUAUUAUUAUUAUUUAUCAGUAUUGGGGGUUACAAUACAUUUUUGAUUUAAAUAUUUUAUAGUUUUAAGAUAAAAUAUCAAUUUUAUGUUUUUAAUUAUUUUAUUUUGUCUAGGCAAUGUUGGAUGAUAAACUUAGAGCAACAGACUGGGAAGCUACCAAUGAUAGUAUUGUGGAGCAAAUAGCACGGGAAAGUUACUUACAGUUUUUAAAGGACAACGAUAAACGAAACAAAGUAAAUUUUAUCAUUUAAAUAAAGUUUUAAUAAUAAUUACCUACAUAUUGUUCAUAACAGAAGGAUAUAGCUAAGUUUUCAACUUCAACUACAACUGAGCCUAUUCACAAAUUGGGUUCAACUCGAAACUCGCCUUCAAGAUACUCAGUUGGACUUAAAACUCCCCCUGAUUCACCUGAUAGAGAUAUAGAAAAUCCUUCAUAUAUAUCACCAACCCAUCAUUUAAGUAAAUAACAUUGGUUCUUAUAUAAAUUUAGUUUAAUUUGUUAAUUAGUAUUUUUACUUUACUCAUUCAGGUAUACCAGAAUGGGAUGAUAUUGAUAUUCUGACACAAGUACUAGCUACAUCUCAAAGAGAAUAUCUAGACAAUUUAAAAAAACAACACAAGAGUAAAGAAGAAAAGGAAAAUGUCUGUUUAAAUGAUAAGGACAAACCAUCUACAUCUCAAUAAAUCCUAAUGCUCUUAAAACUUCUUUUUUUCUAAUAAAAAAAAUAAUGUGUUGAAUAUUGUAUAUUACAACAAAUCUUGUGUACUUUUACUAUAAUUUAUUUUAAAGUUUUUAUAACUAUACAUUUUAUACAAAAUACUCUUAGUUGUUAAACUGUAAUAACAUUAUUAACAAUAAUAAUAAUAAUAAUAAUAAUUAAAUUAUACAUUUAUUGCUACUGCUUUUAUUUGAUUGUUAUGUACUUACAAUGUUUUGUCGUAUCUGUGGGUAGUAGAUAUAUGAAAUUUUGAAUGUUGGAUAAAAAUAUAGAUUUAUUAGAUGAAAAUAGCUAAUAAUUGUAUAGGUGCUCAGUAUAAACAUACUUUAGACUUAAUGUUUUAUUUCUUUUAUGAUAUCUAUGUUCCUUUUGACUGAAAGAGUAAACAGGUUUAUAUAGUAUGAUACACGGGAACAAUAUCUUAAUACACAUAAUAUGAAUUAUCAUCUUGUCAAAAUAUAGUCGUACUCGCACUUUGUCUCAAACUAGAAUACACCGGUUGCCAACCAAUUUUGUUAGUUUCCUCGCAUCUGCUAUAUUAACCUGUCUGCUAGUGGUCACAUAGUAGGAGGGGGGGAAUUUAAAUAUUACUUGAUGAAUAUUUAAUGAAAUUGGCUUAAUACACUGUACAUAGUUAAGCACACUUAAUAAAUACUUAGAAUUUAAAAAUCAUUUGAUAGUAUGUAAUUAAUGGUAGUAUUUUGGUAGUAAGAAUUGCAUUGUAUAAUUAUUAUUAUUAAUUAUUAGGCACAAAUCUAUAUGCACAAUAAAAAAACUAUUCAAACAUAAUGUGUUUACAUUUUUAAUAAAUAUAUUUUUUUUAAUAAUUUGAUAGGAUACAAAUAUCACUAUAGAAUAUAAUUAAUGGUCAGUAGUAAAAGUUGUGUUAUAUAAUAA